AUGGGUUUAAACUCGAACAACCGGGUCGAAAACAUCCCGGGCCCCGAGGCCCCAGAUGUUAGCCUCACGAUUUCUCGACACGCCUUACCACUACCGCCGCCGGAGGUGCACGAGGUGCGCCUGCCGCCGGCGAGGACCGCCGUCCAGAAACUCAGGCACCGCCUGUCGGAGAUUUUCUUCCCCGACGACCCACUCCACCGGUUCAAGGACCAGACGUGGUUCAGAAAGUCGGUUUUGGGUCUGCAGUUUUUCUUACCCAUUUUCGAGUGGGCCCCAAAUUACAGUAUCCGGCUGCUCAAGUCCGAUGUGGUCUCCGGUCUCACGAUUGCCAGUCUCGCCAUUCCACAAGGCAUUAGUUAUGCAAAGCUAGCAAACCUGCCACCCAUAAUCGGGUUAUAUUCGAGCUUCGUGCCGCCUUUGAUAUACUCUGUUCUGGGAAGCUCGAGGCAUGUUGCCGUGGGUCCCGUGUCGAUAGCAUCCCUUGUGAUGGGCACAAUGCUAAGCGAAAAAGUCUCCUACACCGAAGAACCUAACCUUUACCUUCAAUUGGCUUUUACAGCUACAUUCUUUGCAGGACUAUUUCAAGCUUCACUUGGCUUUUUAAGAUUGGGAUUUAUCAUAGAUUUCCUGUCAAAGGCGACUCUAGUCGGGUUCAUGGCCGGUGCAGCUAUUAUCGUCUCAUUGCAACAGCUAAAAGGAUUGCUCGGGAUUGUACACUUCACCAGCAAAAUGCAACUAAUUCCCGUGUUAUCUUCUGUCUUUCAUCACAUGAAUGAGUGGUCCUGGCAAACCAUUGUGAUGGGAGUUGGUUUUUUGGUCUUGUUACUAAUAACAAGGCAGAUUAGCAUGCGAAAGCCGAAGCUUUUCUGGAUUUCAGCAGCCGCACCACUGGCAUCGGUUGUUUUGUCGACCACAUUAGUUGUCUGCCUUAAAUCCAAAGUUCCAGAUAUUAAAACUAUCGGUCACUUGCCUAAGGGUCUAAAUCCACCUUCUACUAACAUGCUAUAUUAUCAUGGACCUCACCUAGCUCUAGCAAUCAAAACCGGCAUCAUAACCGGAAUACUCUCACUCACAGAAGGAAUUGCAGUUGGAAGAACAUUUGCAAGUCUAAAGAAUUACCAGGUCGAUGGUAACAAAGAAAUGAUGGCCAUUGGCCUAAUGAACAUAGCCGGCUCUUGUUCUUCAUGUUAUGUCACCACAGGAUCAUUUUCGCGCUCAGCCGUGAAUUACAACGCUGGAGCACAAACUGUGGUCUCCAACAUAAUUAUGGCCGCGAGUGUCCUUAUUACGCUACUUUUUCUCAUGCCGUUGUUUUAUUACACGCCAAAUCUCAUAUUGGCAGCCAUUAUCAUAACAGCCGUGAUAGGCCUAAUCGACUAUGAGGCGGUUUAUAAGUUAUGGAAAGUCGAUAAACUCGACUUCUUGGCUUGCUUGUGUUCGUUUCUUGGCGUGCUCUUCAUCUCUGUUCCUCUUGGCCUUGCUAUAGCAGUUGGAGUUUCUGUUUUCAAGAUUCUGUUACAUGUCACGAGGCCAAACACAGUCGUCAUGGGGAAUAUUCCGGGGACACGAAUAUACCAAAAUGUUAGCAGAUACAGAGAAGCUGUGAGGGUCCCGAAUUUUCUAAUAAUUGCAGUUGAGGCCCCGAUUUAUUUCGCGAAUUCUACGUACUUGCAGGAAAGAAUAUUGCGGUGGAUAAGAGAAGAGGAAGAGUGGCUGGCAUCAAACAACAGAGGCAGCAUAAAAUGUGUUAUACUAGACAUGACAGCCGUGACAGGAAUUGAUACAAGUGGCCUCGACACCAUAAGUGAGCUCAGAAAGAAACUUGACAAGCAAUCCCUCAAGCUUGUAUUGGCAAACCCUGUUGCAAGUGUUACAGAGAAACUGCACCAUUCGAAAAUAUUGGAGUCGUUCGGUUUAGAAGGAGUUUAUCUGACUGUUGGUGAGGCAGUAGAUGAUAUUUCAUCGACUUGGAAAGCUCAACCAUGA